AUGUCUACCGGAAAGAAUGCAUUAAUAUUUGGUGCAACAGGUGCGGUUGGAAAAACACUUUUAAAAGAUUUGUUAAAUUGUGAAUAUUUUAAAAGUAUUACUUCGACUGGACGUAGAGAAGUUGCUUAUGAUGGCCCCAACAAAGAGACUUUGUUAGAUGAACAUAAAGAUGUAUUUGUCGGAUAUGAUACAGUAUUUUGCACGUUGGGUACGACGAAAGCUCAGGCAGGAUCCGCGGAAAAUUUCGUAAAGAUCGAUAAAGAUUAUGUCUUAAAUUCCGCAAAACUCGUUAAAGAACAAAACCCCAAUAAGGAAAUUCAUUAUCUUUAUUGUUCGUCAAAAGGUGCCAAUGCUAAUUCACCUUUUCUUUAUUUAAAGACCAAAGGAGAAAUUGAAAAUGGGUUAAAAGAAAUUGGAUUUAAAAAACUGAGUAUAUUUAGACCUGGAAAUUUGAAAAUAAGUGAACCAAGGGAUCAAGGACGUAGAAGAUUUGAGGAAAUUGCGUUGAAAUUUGCUAGUGUUGUGGAGAUGAUUUUUCCCCAAAAAAUAAGUGUACAUGUAGAUAUUGUUGGAAAAGCUAUGAAGAGAGUUGCUACAAAUGAUGCAAAGGUUGAAGUGAAUCAAACUACCUUAGAAAAUGGGACAGUCUUUGAAAUUUAUGAGCAUAUGCAAAUUCAUGAAAUUGGUGGCUAG